ACAGGGAGGAGCUCAACACGUCAGUUUCCCACUUCCCGCGGAGCGAGCCUGAGCCUAUAAAAAGUCUUGCGCCUGGCUUCUCAGUUGCUCCGGAGUUCCCACGCCAUCCACUACUAGUUGGAGACAUGGACAUGUCGGAAGAAGUACCUGGCCAAUCUAAGAUUGAAGAAGAUGAUUGGUGGAUUGCAGAUGAAUGUCAUGGAGGGAUGUCCGGUCAGCUGCUGUCUGGAGAACUGAAGGAUCUCAAGCCAGAACAUGCUUUGGCAUCGACUCAGGCAUUACUGUGCAGCUGUAAUGUGCCAGGCAGCCUGCCACGGGAGGGCUGCAUCAUUAUUGUGGACUCAGACAGCGAAGAAGAAUUGGAGCCCUUUGUGACCAAAAAGAAGCAGCAGAAACAGAACAUUAGCUGUGUGGUGAUUGACUCAGACUCUGAGGAUGAGUACUUCCGUGAGAACGUCAGAGCUCAGGCAUAUGAAAUAAGCAGUGAAGAUGAGGUUCUAUAUGUGUCUUCUAACAUUGGGAAGCCUGCCAUCGAUGAGCCUCCAAUAGUUAUUUCUGAUGAUGAUAGUGAUUUUGAGGGCCCCGUGAUGAUCAUAGAUGACGAUUUGUGUGGUCAGGGCCAAAGCUCCUCAAAUGAAAAAGAGAUGGAGGCCUUUGAUGUCUGCCAGCACAAUUCAUCUGCUGGUGUUGCUGAGCUGGGCAGUGGUGAAAAUCUCUGCCCACCGCCAGGUGUUGCUGAGACUGAGGUGGAGAUUCCAAAUGAAGAGCCGGCACCUGUGGUGGAGCAACCAAGGAAAAGGAAGAGCAAAACCAAAAAUAUAUGUGUGGUGCCCGCUGUUACAGCACCAAAAACACGUGGGCCUUCAAAGAGGUUUGCUUCUAAGAGGAAGCCCCAUGCGGCAAAAUGUGACAAAAGCCACACUGGGCAUUCCGUGUGCGAAAUACCUGGAUGUUUCUUGCAUGACGUGGAAAAGGCAAAGCAGUAUUCUGGAAGGAAGUUCAAGAAAAAUAAGGACAGCCUGGUUCAGGAAAUGUACAGUCUGUUUAACAGAUCUGUCUUUGACAAAAAGCUGCCAGAGAAAAUCGAUAUCGGCUGGAAUAAGAAGAUGCUGAGAACUGCUGGCUUGUGCACCACUGGCGAGACACAGUACCCGAAGAAGGAGCGUUACGCGAAGAUCCAGAUUUCUCUGAAAGUCUGCGACUCCGCAGACCGCCUUCGGGAUACUUUGAUCCAUGAAAUCUGCCACGCGGCCUCCUGGCUGAUUGAUGGUGUUCGUGAUUCUCAUGGCGACUCAUGGAAGUUUUAUGCCAAAAAAUCGAACCUGGUGCAUCCAGAGCUGCCCCUGGUCACCCGUUGCCAUAACUACAAGAUUAACUACAAGAUUCAUUAUGAAUGCACUCAGUGCAAAGCCAGAGUCGGCCGCUACACCAAAUCAUUGAACACCGACCGCUUUAUCUGUGCCAAGUGCAAGGGGACUCUGGUCAUGCUGCCGCUAACUCGUAAGGAUGGGACCCCCAUUGCGCCCCAUGUGAGACCAUUUGCCAAGUAUGUGCAGGAGAAUUAUAGAUUGGUUAAGCAGUCAGCGGAAGGACUAAGCCAUGGUGAUGUGAUGAGACAGCUCAGCAAGGAUUAUGCCCUUAAGCACAAGCGAAAUCCUUAAGGUUAUCUGAGAGUAUACUUGUGCGAGCUGAGUCCUCCACUGCUAAGAAGUUUUAGAAAACAUUUGUUUCUGCAAUGAAUACUAGGAUUUAAGUGCGUUUUUAUAGCUUCAUACUGUAGUGAUGAUUGUUCUUAACUAAGGAUUCUGUUGGUAACCAUUCUGUGCCUUUGACAGUACUCAGAAGCCCUUUGGGUCCACCUUGGGUGUUACUUAGACUCCAUAGUUCAAAAUACAGUAAGAGACGCACAGAGUUUUAAGAUUAAGACAUAGAACAAGAUAUAAUAAGAGAAACCCAUAGUGUUAAGACGUAGAAUAAGAUAUAGUAAGAAAAACCCAUAGUGUUAAGACCAUAGUUUUAAGAUUAAGAUGUAGAGGGGCGCCUGGGUGACUCAGUCGGUUGAGCAUCUGACUUCGGCUCAGGUCAUGAUCUCACGGUUUGUGAGUUUGAGGCCUGUGUCAGGCUCUGUGCUGACAGCUCAAAGCCUGGAGCCUGCUUCGGAUUCUGUGUCUCCCUCUCUCUUUAUCCCUCACCUGCUUGCAUGCUCUGUCUCUUUCUCAAAAAUAAAUACAUUAAAAAAUAUUUUAAAAAAGAUUGAGAUGUAGAAUAAGAUACACUAAGAGAAACCCAUAGUGUUAAGACCAUAGUUUUAAGAUUAAGAUGUAGAACACAUACAGUAAGAGAAACAUAGUUUUAAGAUGUAGAACAAAAUGCAAUAAGAGAAAUGCUUGUUCAAGAGUGGCAGGUUGAGAAAAGGAGAAUGGCGCUGGGAAGUGAACCAGAUUCAAAGGUGGCCCUCCAAAACCCGGGCUGCUGGCAGGUGGAACCUGUUAUACCUACUUAGAAAUAAGAGACAAACAUGUCUCAUGAAUUGAGUUGUUCUUGAUGUUGAAUAAAGCCAUGUAAGCCAGUGUAGCUGUUCAUAAGAUUAGAAAAAUAAAUAAACUGUUUUCUGCAAUUCA